AUGCUCUUUUUUGGUUUUGUUUUUUUUUCCCCUGCAGAUGCUGGAUUAUAAUGUUCCAGGAGGGAAGCUAAAUCGCGGGCUUUCUGUUAUUGACAGCUACAAGCUGUUAAAGGAAGGAGAAGAGCUGACUGAUGAUGAAGUCUUUCUUGCUUCUGCCCUGGGGUGGUGCAUUGAAUGGCUUCAAGCAUAUUUUCUCGUUCUUGAUGACAUCAUGGAUAACUCUCAUACAAGGCGUGGUCAGCCUUGCUGGUUCAGAGUUCCUAAGGUUGGGAUGAUUGCUGUCAGUGAUGGAAUAAUACUUCGAAACCAAAUCCCAAGAAUUCUCAGGAAGCAUUUUGGGGAUAAGAAGUACUAUGUUGACUUGUUGGAUCUGUUUAAUGAGGUAACGAUGCUUUGUAAAGGGUUCUCUUUUCACCUUAAUUCUCUUUUCACGACCCAAGAACAUUGCCUUUUGUUUUAAAAUCUUUGCAUAAUC